GAAAUGAGGUGUGACUAUUAAACAAAGCGUUAUAAAUAAUUUUUUCUAAUGGUUUUUUUCUAACUUAAUGAAUCAAUCAAUCGCCGUUUGAAAUUUGAGAUGCUACACAGGAUAGUUAAGUUGUUAUGCAAAAGUUCUAUCGUAUCAAUCAACAUGCCUAAAAAAUUUUCAAUUACUCUACGCGUGUCUAAUUUAAUGGAGUUUUUUGAUAUCCCAGAAAAUUGGGAUAAAACUGAUAUCAAACAUGGCAAAUCUUGGCUCAAAGAAGAUUUAAGAAUUAAAAGCAAUCAAGAUCUUCAUAAAUUAUGGUUUAUUUUAUAUAAAGAGAAAAAUAUGUUACUUACUAUGCAAUCUGAAUGUAAAAGAAUAAAUAAAUUAUUUGCAAGCCCAGAAAGGAUAGAUAAAGUAGAAGAAAGUAUGGCCAAUUUGGAAAAUGUUGUUCAGGAAAGAAAUAAUAGUUUAAGCCAAUUAGAAAAAGGCACCAAGAUUGAUAGGGAAGGAAAAGUAUUAUGGCAUCCAUUAGGUAUCAAAGUUUACAGAGAAGCUAAUGAAUGGCCCAUACCAUUUGAAAUUAAUUCUGAGGAAAAAGCAAAAAAUUAUAAAGAAUAUAUGAUUCCCAAUGAUGAGGUCAUUCCCUUUUGGAGAGAAUUAAGGGAAAAACAUCGUACUAUUAGAUGGCGUUCUUGGCAAAGGAAUCGAAAAUUAAAAAUGGAAGAACAUAAAUUGUUACAAGAAUCAAGGACUACAUUAAAAACAAGGAUAUUGAAAAAAUAAAUAUUUAUAAUAGAUCUAUAUCAAAUUCACAUGUAUGUCUAAACAAGUAUUAUAUAUUAUGUAUAUUGGAAGUUUAUAAUGAUAAAUAUUGUUAUUUCUUCCUAUUUUGUUUAGUAGACUUUUUUCUUCUUAAUUUUAUUUUAUAUCAAAAUAUCUCUGAUCUGAAAAUAUAGAGCCCUAC